AUGAGUACUUCACGACAUGGAUUAAUUAAGUGCAGUCGGAGCAACGGUCCCGGUGUGGGCGUUGGAACAUGUUCCGGGUACUUUGAGCGGCGCGUGGCGGUCGCGUGCCACAAGCCGGAGCCGAGGCCGCAAGCUCGGCGGUCUCGGGACAAAGGGUGCGGACCCACGUGCAAGCACUUGGCGGAUAAUCCCGACCCGGCGUACGCGCGCAAA